AUAUUAUAUAUUGCCUCUCUUUCCAAUAAUAAAACAAAUCGGGACUCCGGAGUGAAGUUUCAAGGAUGCUCCCACGGCGGCCAUUUGCAACUUCCGUCAUCCAACGGAAAUAAUCUAACAAAUUACACCCUUUGAACACUCACUAUAUACAUAUCCCCCAAAUUCUAAGUUUCUAACAAACAACUAGCUAGCAUCAUGGAUCAUCCUCCAACAACCCUCUUAUACCAUGAAGACAUGUUCAACCUUCAAUCUACUGCUACCCUCCUCUCUUCCUUUCUGGGUGAUGAUGGCAGACACGUGUUGAUACUGGAUUCCACCGUUUUUCACCCUCAAGGUGGUGGCCAGCCUUCCGACACUGGCUUUAUAACUGACGUUUCUUCUUCUCGAUUCAACUUUAUUGUUCAAGAUGUUCGAUCCAGAAACGCUGUCGUUUAUCAUUAUGGUGUUUUUGAGAAGCCUGCUGAGGAUCUUGAGGGAGGUGUUCAAGUUGUGCUAUCAGUUGAUGAAUCUAAACGGAAGCUUUAUUCUAGGUUACACUCGGCUGGACAUCUAUUGGAUGUAUGUCUCCCAAAAGUAGGAUUAAGCCAUUUGAAGCCAGGCAAAGCCUAUCAUUUCCCUGAUGGGCCAUGGGUUGAAUACGAGGGAAAAGUUCCACAGGCUGAAUUACAGAGCAAGAUGCAGGAGUUAGAGUUAGAAGCAAACAAUUUGAUAUCCAGGGGAAUGAAGGUUUCUGUUGCUGUAUAUCCAUAUGAAGAAGCUUCUAUGCUAUGUGGUGGGGCCCUUCCGGAAUACAUUCCUAAGGGAAGCACUCCUCGUAUCGUGAAGUUAGGUGAUUUUCCAGGAUGCCCUUGUGGUGGUACACAUGUUUCCAACGUUUCAGAUCUUGUCAAUGUGAAGGUUACUCAAAUGAAGACAAAGAAGGGAGUUACAAAAGUAUAUUACACUAUUGGAUCAUAACUCAUCUUUAUAAUGAAGGCAAAGAAAAGCCAUAUUAAUUGGUUUCAAGAAAUUAAAAACUUGUACUUUUAAUAUCAAAUCUUCCAUUACUUAUAUUUUAAUGCGCGGUUAAGAUCCUAAUAAAUGAGGUUGAUAGGAUCACGACCGAUUACUACCAAAAUCGACACUUACAGUAAGAAAGUCGAUUGUAUACACCUUUUAUACAUUAUUUGAAACUAAUAUCGAUUUCCAGGAAAUCUUUAUUUUCUACUUA